CUGGGGGAGCGGGACAUGGGGGGAGGGGCCUCCAGUCCCUGGAUACAGCAGCCAGUCACAGUCAGGCCAGAUGCUGAAGAACUCCUCAGACAUAACAUGCAGGUUCCUCAGCGCAGAGCCGAUGGAAGACCCGGACCUCAGCCACCUCCAGGGGCCCGGCCCAGAAUGCCCCAGUUUCAGGCAGAAAGCAUCCGUAUCCCCUUUGCGGGACAUGGGCGGGGGAGAGCCAUGCCCCCCCCAGUGUUGCAUCCUCGGGUGGUCCCGGCCAUCCCCGACCUGCUGGUGACAGCCUUGGCCGCAGGGGGGGAAGGGAUCCCCGGAGCCAGGCCCGGGGCUCUGGGCUAUGGCCACUGGCCCCAGGCCUACUUAGAGAACCAGCAUGCCGCCUUGUUCGGGGCCGGAGACGGGAGGAUGAGAGUGAGCGUGCCGGGGAGGCGCAGUCCAUUCUUUCCUGACCCUCAUCGAGGCCGCCAGGCCGUGCCCCACGUGCGAAGACAUCGAAGAUCCCGCGCCCUCCCCGAGCUGCUCCUGGCCACGCUGGCCCGAACGGAAGGCGAGUUCUCGGGAGCCGGCUCCCAGGCCCUGGCCCAGGGCCCGCAGGCCUCGCAGGCGGCGCCAGACCCCACCGGCGGCGACAGAGCCGGGCCCGCCCCCUGGCCCCCGAGACCCCAAGACCCCGCCGACGGCCUUCCCCAGCCGGCCGGAAGAGCCGAAGACGCUCUCGGCGCCCAGAGCCCCUCGGGGACCAUGUAACCAGGCUCCGAAAGAACCAGAGCCCGCCCCCUCGGCCCUGUCCCUCCCCUCCCCGCCCCCCUCCUCUCCCCCCUCCCCUGCCCUCGGGCCUUCUCCCUGCCCUCCCUCUCUGCCUCAAGGCUCCCACCAGCAGCCUCCUCGCGGGACAUAGGAGAAAGGGAGGAGGUCCUCAGGGACUUCUCACCCCCUUGCUGUGACCCCUAUCGCGGAUUUAUUCUUUGAAAGUUUGCUUAUGUUACUCAACAGUUUGGUCUGAAGCUAAAAGAGCUCGCAUGAAUGCAAGAAGAAAAAUAAACACCUUCUCUAUUGA